AUGGGCUCAGGUCGCUCUCGCAAGGGUGCCAAGGCGCCCGCUUCCGGACCUGCCACAUUCUCUACAUCUCGCGACGAUGACGACCUUCUUGUGUCCAAAGGCUCGUCGAAAUCUGCGCAGUCGUCGAUGCCCAGUAGUCCGGAGAUCCAGCUCAAGGUGAACCAGAAGUUCGCGCAGGAAUUCGAGGAGCGCAAGCGCAAGGAGGAGCUGUCGAUACUGGAGAAGCGUGGCCUCAACGCGAAUGACGAAGACGACGAGUCCGAUUCGGAGACGGAGGACGAGGAUGGAGAAGAGCUUACCAAGGAGCUGGACGCGGAUAUCAGCAAGACGCUCAAGCUCAUCCGUAAGAAGGACCCUGCCAUCUACGACUCGUCCAUCGCCUUCUUCAAGAAGUCAGAGGCGGAAAGUGACAGCGAUGAAGAGGAAAGCAAGACGAGAAAGAAGAAGGGCUCGGCGCCGCUGUACUACAAGGAUCUGGUGCGCCAGCAGGUGAUCGCGGGCGACAUUAGUGGCAGCGAAGAUGAGGAGGAAGAGAGCAAGUCCGUGCAGACGUAUGCUGAGGAGCAGGCGCAGAUCAAAAAGGACUUCCUGGCUUCGUUAAAAGAGAAAGACAGAGAUAGCAGUGAUGAAGAUGAAGAGGAGGCAGACGACCUGGAUGGAGGCCUUUUCACGGUCAGGAAAAAGACUGAUGGAGAGCAAAAACAGGAGGAAGAGGACUAUGCGGAGUUCACUUCCAAGUACGGCACGAAGCUGAAAAAGGACGAACUGGACCCGGAGAAAUUCCUCGAGCAUUAUCUGAGUAGUGAAGGCUGGAAAGACAAGUCUGCGGCUGUCCCGCAUUAUGACGACAUUGUGAAGGAGGACGAGGAAGACGCUGAGGAGCUGGAGAAGGCUGAGGAUUUUGAACACACCUACAAUUUCCGUUUCGAGGAGCAAGGCAGUAGCAUUAUCCAGACUCACUCCCGUCACAUUGAGGAUACGAUGCGUCGUGAGGACGACUCGCGUAAGCGCAAACGUGCUGAGCGUAAGGAACGCAAGGCGCUUGAGCGUCAGAAGAAGGAGGAGGAACUGCGCCGUCUUAAGAACCUCAAGCAGGCGGAGAUUGAACACAAACUGAAGAAGGUUGCGCGCCUCAUGGGCGAGGGUGAAGGCACGGCAGGUCUAAAGCCGGAAGAUUUGGAGGGUGACUUCGACCCCGAAGAAUACGACAAGCGGAUGCAGGCAGUCUUUGACGAGCAGUACUACGACGAAAACGAUGAUGACAUGGAGAAACCUACUUGGGACGAGGAAGAGGAUAAGGAGCUGUUUGGUGGUCUUCCUGUCGACCCGGACGAGGAGGCGGAGACCGAAGAGAGUGGUGAGAAGGCAAGCGAGGAAUCUGAGGAAGAGGAUAACGAGGUGGAGCAGGAACAAGACGGAGACGACGAGGAAGAAAGGGAAGACGAGGAAGCGGAGGCACCGCCCAAGAAGAUGACGAGGGAGGAAAUGCAGCGUGAGAAGCAGAAGUACCUGGAUGAGCUGUACAGUCUGGACUACGAAGACCUGAUUGGGGAUAUUAAAUGCCGCUUCAAGUACCGCCAAGUGCAAGACAAUGAUUUCGGUCUGACGGUGGACGAGAUCAUGGCUGCAGACGACAAGGAGCUCAAGCAGCUUGUGUCUCUGAAGCGCAUGGCGCCGUAUGCCGACACCGAGUACUCCGUGGACCGCAAGCGGCUUAAGACUUUCAAGAAAAGCGUCCGGGAAUCUCAGGAAGAGAACCGCAGGCGCAAGAAUAAAACGGAAAAUGUUGAGGCUAACGAACCGCAGGAGACUGAGCAGCCCAAGAAAAAGCGGAAACGUAACAAAAAGAAGAAGCUCGUGGAGGAGGAGGAGGCGAAGCCAGAAGAUGACGAGGCGGAUGAAGAGGACCCCGAGCCGAAGAGCAAAAAGACAAAGAAAGAGAGUGCAGGGCCGGCAGUGGAGAUGGCGUCAGAUGAACCCGAAAAGAAGAAGAAACGUCGCAGUAAGAAGAAGAAGGGCAGCGAGAAGAACGCGUACGCAUCCACCGGUCUGCCGACUUCUCGACUUGAGUCGUACAAGCUGGUCAAGCCUAGCAAAAAGUAA